AUAUUAAUAUCAUUGUCAAUUGGAACUCUUAAAUUCUUAAAUCUGUUUUUUUUUACACGAGUAGCUUCACACAGUCAUACUCUCUCUUCACGCACUCUCUGAAACACGCAGAGCAGCACAGUAUGGACCUCCGAGAAUCCAUCCUCAAUCAAACUGACGUUUCCGUUAUGCUGGCGAAGCACGUCAUCUCCGCCCACGCCAAAGACUCCAACCUCGUAUUUUCUCCCUUGUCGAUUCACGUCGUCUUGGGCUUGAUUGCGGCCGGGUCGGACGGGCCGACCCGGCUCCAGCUCCUCAGUUUUCUCAAUAGCAAGUCUACUGAGGAACUCGACUUGCUCUCCUCGCAGCUUGUGACUUUGGUGUUGGCCGACGGCAGCGCCCUUGGUGGGCCCCUUUUGUCAUUCGCCAACGGCGUUUGGGUUGAUCGCAGCGUUAGCUUGAAGCCCGCUUACAAGGAUAUUCUUGAGAAUUCUUACAGGGCUGCUUCAGUUCAAGCCGAUUUUCAGAAUCAGGCUGUUGAAGCAACAAAAGAAGUGAAUGCAUGGGCUGACAAGGAAACAAAUGGCCUAAUCAAAGAAGUACUUCCAUCUGGUUCUAUCGAUGCUUCUACCAGGCUUAUCCUCGCAAAUGCAGUUUAUUUCAAAGGAGCCUGGAAUGAAAAAUUUGAUGCAUCUGAAACAAAAGAUCACGAGUUUUUCCUCUUGAAUGGAAGCUCAGUUAAAGCACCCUUCAUGACCAGCAAGAAGAAGCAAUAUCUCCGUGCUUUCGACGGCUUCAAAGUUUUGGGGCUGCCAUACAAACAAGGUGAAGACAAGCGUAAGUUCUCAAUGUACAUCUUUCUUCCUGAAGCCAAAGAUGGUCUGCCAGCUUUGAUAGAAAAAGCCGGCUCAGGAUCUGGAUUCAUUGAACAUCACCUUCCACACGAACAAGUUAAAGUUGGUGAUUUCUGGAUUCCCAAGUACAAAAUAGCUUUUGAUUUUGAGGCUUCUGGAGUUCUCAAGGGGAUGGGGUUGGUGCUUCCCUUUUCUGGUGGUGGUCUCACUGAGAUGGUAGACUCUAGUACGGGCCAGAAUCUCUAUGUUUCGGACGUAUUCCACAAGUCGGUAAUCGAGGUGAACGAGGAAGGCACAGAAGCUGCAGCGGCAACUGCUGCUGUAGUUAGACUUAGGGCUUUGCUGACAGAGGAUAAACUGGAUUUCGUGGCUGAUCACCCAUUUCUGUUUGUUUUAAGGGAAGAUAUGACAGGGGUGGUGCUCUAUAUCGGUCAAGUACUUAAUCCACUUGCUGGUUGACGUAAAUGGAACAUAGCAAAUACCAACUGAUGAUGCCUUUGGCCUACUAUCUUUAAUGUUGUUAUGCCCUCAUCAAACUCUCAAAUGUAUCUCCUCAUAAUAGAUGCUCUUCUUCCGUAGAGGCUGUUCUUCUGUACUAAGUAUAAACCUUUUCUUUUGUAGUAAUUUAAUAAUCAUAUUUCUUUA